AUGUCUUCACAAAGCGAUAUUGAAAAAGCGUCUCAUGACCACGUCGAAGAUUUGGAUCCAGUAGCUCUUCAAGAACUUGAUCCAGAACAUCAUGAAUAUCUUAUGAAAAGACAUGGUUCUAUUCAAUUAGAUCCAUUACCAUCAAGUGAUCCUUUGGAUCCUCUUAACUGGCCAGAUUGGAAGAAAAACUUUGAAAUAUUAUUAAUCGCCUUUCAAACCUUUAGUUCUACAUUUAUGGCAGCAGGUUUAACUCCAGCUUUUGAACCUAUGGCUGAAGCUUAUGGGGUUACUGUUCCAAAAGCAUCAUAUUUUACUUCUGCUCAAAUUGCUGUAUUGGGAGUUAUGCCUCUUGUUUGGGUUCCUUUGAUGAAUUGUUAUGGUAGAAAUGGUUUCUUGACUGUCUCAACUUUAAUUUGUGCUGGUUUGAAUAUUGCAGGAGCCUACUGCCACUCAUAUGGUACACAAAUGGUCACCAGAGUCUUAGUGGCUGUCUUCAUUUCUACUGCAUCUGCUGCUGGUUCAUCUGUCGUUGCUGAUUUAGCUUUCAGUCAUGAAAGAGGUAAGAAAAAUGGAUGGUGGUCAUUAGCUCUUGUUGUUGGUACUCCAGGUGGUCCAUUUGUUUGUGGAUUUGUUCAACAGCAUGCUGGUACUAAAUGGAUUUACUUCCUUUUUGCAAUAAUUAACUUUGUUCAAUUUGUUCUUUGGAUUUUAGCUGAUGAAACUGUAUAUUAUAGACAUGGUUCACAGCCAAACCAAAAGGGAUUACUUAAAUUCUUGGGAAUCUCAAAAAACCCAAAUAAUAAAUUGACAGCUUCUAUUUUCUUUAGACCAUUCAAACUCGUUUCAAACUUCAAUGUUUUAAUGGCCGUCAUUGCUGCUUCUGUCACUUUCUGUUACGCCAACAUUGUUCUUGUUGUCGAGUUACCUCAAGCUAUGGGUAUGUUAUUCAACUUAAAUGCCCAACAACUUUCUUAUCAAUACAUUGCACUUAUAGUUGGUUCUGUUAUUGGUGAAAUCUUAGCCGGUCCACUUUCCGAUUGGUGGAUGAAGAGAAGUACUGCUAAGAGAGGAGGUAAGAGAGUAAUCGUUGAUAGAUUAUGGAUUUCCUACAACGGAUUCAUUUGCGUUAUUAUCGGUUUAAUGGUUUGGGGUGUCUAUUUAUAUAAAGCAGAUCCAGGACAUUGGAAGAUCGCUCCUUUAAUCGGUGCUGCCAUUGCUGCUGCUGGUAACAAUAUUGUUGCAACUGUCCUUGUUACUUUUGCCAUUGAUAGUGCUCCAGAAUUUGCUCCAGAUGUUGGUUUAUUUUUGAAUGUCGUCAGACAAGUCUUCGGUUUUAUUGGUCCAUUUUACUUCCCAUACAUGUUCGAUAACCUUAACUUUGCUGGUUCUGCUGGUUUAAUGUCCGGUCUCGUGUUAGUGUUUGGAGCUGGUGUUAUUAUUAUUGCCCAUUUCCUUGGUCAUAGAAGAGCAUAA